AUGACGACAUCCGCACCCUUUCAAACGGGUGAAAUAAUCACUUUUUAUAUGCUGGGUUUCACUAUACUCAUGACUGCUUCGAUCGUCGUCUACUACAAAUUCCUAUCUCCAUAUGUCUCCGGACGUGCAGUGAGUAACUUAGUGUGCAAAGGAGGAAGAGGGCGAAAGUUGGCGAAAUGCGAGGAAUUGGUGAAAUUAAUCGGAAUGGAUUCAUUCGCCACAAAAGAGGGCUCUGUUGCUAUGCUUCCACCAAAUCGAGUUUCGACGAGAUCAACACGAAAAUCGAAAAGCAAAGUGCCAACCCCUAAAAAGUUAAUUGAAAGUUUCACCGCACGCAUUGCAUCUAGAAAACUUGGGGAUGGAGUGCUAGAGGCGCAUAAGGAGUUCGUCAAAGAAUCCCCGACUUUUUUUGCUUAUUGGAAAAAGGAGAACAUGCCAAAAAAUCUGAAACAAGACGUUGUGCUACUUUACGACUGGAGCCGAGUCGUUUUGAACGAAAGCCCUGAUUACUACCACGCUUCUUACGUUGAUGGGUGUUCGAAACCACAACUCCUACAGAUGUCCCCACGCACGAAUUCCCAGUCCAGUCGGCCUCAAAUAACUAACAUUCAAUUGCUGAAGAUGAAAACAAAUUCUUGCCAAUAUAUCAUGGCCCAAGCGCCAUUCAACGAUGAUACACAAGCAGAUUAUUUCCGAAUGCUUUCCCAAACAAGCCCAGACGCUGUUAUAUUCAUGGAUGCACAUAACAGCGAGGACGCGAAAUACAUACUCCCAACCGACGGCACUUAUGGAGGGGUGAGCGUAAAAGUGGAAGAUAUGAACCAAUGCGACGGCUACACCGUGCGACUACUGGCGAUAGGGAAAUCGAAGGUGAAAGUAUACUGUAUUAAUGGAUGGAGUGUUGAGAAAGAACCACCAAAAGAUUUGGUCCGUAUUCAUGAAAAGAUUACUCUUGUGAAGAGCUUGCAGAUGACAGAUAAUAAGCAGAUUGCGCGAUAG